CCUCAGUGUGUGGGGCAACAGAGCUGCAGGACUCUCAGCUACUGACAGAUCGGCUGUUCCUCCUCCUCCUCCUGCUCAGUGUGGGGCAGCUGAGAGGACUGUCAGCUACUGACGGAGCUUUACUGAAACACUGCGAGGGAAAUCAGAGGAACUGACACGAGCUGCUGCUUUCACAGUUUAGUUUUCCUCUUCUGUCUCUGCGUGGUGAAAACUUAAAUCAUGGGCGCCAACGACCUCAACAUGAACUCUGACCCCAUGAGGUCAUCACCUCCUGCCCGAUCCCGGAGUCCCUUCAACAGCAUCAAGUUCUUUGUGUUCUGCCACAGCCUGCUGCAGCUGGCGCAGCUGUUGGUGUCGGGCUACAUGAAGAGCUCCAUCUCCACCAUCGAGAGACGCUACGGCCUCUCCAGCCAGAAGUCAGGGCUCCUGGCUGCUUUCAACGAGGUGGGGAACACGGUCCUCAUCGUGUUUGUGAGUUUCUUUGGAAGUCGAGUCCAUCGGCCUCGGUACAUUGGAGGCGGAGCUCUGCUGGCCUGCCUGGCCUCGUUGCUGAUGGCACUGCCACACUUCCUGGGAGGACUGUACGAGUACACGGACCGCAUCAGCUCCUCCAGUCUUAACUCCAGCCUCUGCCAAUCAGAGAGCACCCUCGCCACCUCAUCAUCCAAUCAGAGCUGCAGCCAGCAUGAGAGCCACGUCCAGGAUAGGAUGUACCCUCUGCUGCUGCUGGGUCAGCUGCUGCUGGGUAUCGGAGCCGUCCCCAUCCAGCCCUUCGGCAUCUCCUACAUCGAUGACUACGCCAGCAGGAAGAACUCCCCGCUCUACCUCGGGAUCCUCCUCGCUGUGACCUCCAUCGGCCCAGCCGUCGGCUUCAUCACUGGCUCCCUCAUGCUGCGCUUUUAUGUUGACUUUGACAAGUUAUCUAAAGAUCAGAUCCAGUUGAACCAUAAAGACCUGCGCUGGGUGGGAGCCUGGUGGCUCGGCUUCCUGUUGGCGUCCUGCCUCCUCUUCCUCACUGCGCUGCCUUACCUCUUCUUCCCCAGAAACAUGCCCAAAGAGGACGGCGCAGACGAUGUGGAGUCCACCCCGGACUGCAAACAGCCGCAGAGGCACCAGGAAACGUCCCUCCUGCAGUUCCUCAAAAGUUUCCCUCGCAUCGCUCUGCGGACGCUGCGGAGCCCCAUCUACCUGCUGGUGGUUCUGGCGCAGGUCAACCUGGCGGCGCUGCUGGCGGGUCUCGCCACCUUCAUGGCCAAGUUCAUAGAGAGACAGUUCACCCAGUCCGUCCCGUUUUCCACCAUGAUGAUCGGAGGAGUUUGUAUCCCGCUGGCGGUGCUGGGCACCGUCCUGGGUGGAGUUCUGAUGCGGCGGUUGAAUCUCUCAGUCAGCGGUGCCAGCAAGUUGUGCACUGCCGCCAUCCUGCUGGGCAUGUUCUCCUCCACGCCACUGCUGCUCAUUGGCUGCCCCACGCAGAAUGUCUCUGGAGUCUUUCCUGAACGCAGUGACAUGUUGUCAUGCAGCGCUGACUGUCGGUGUCCUCAGGAGGCCUUUAACCCCGUCUGCGGUUCAGAUGGUGUUGAGUUCAGGUCCCCCUGCCACGCCGGCUGUAACGUCAUAGAAAUAUUUUUCACUGACAAGCCAAACAUGACCUACACUGACUGUCGGUGUGUCGGCGGUCUGGGCGUGGCUUAUCCUGGGACCUGCGGCAGCGGAUGCUCCCACCUCCUGCUCCCAUUCGUGGCUCUGCUCGGCCUCACUGCCUUCAUCGCCUCCUUCUCACAGACGCCCUCCUACAUGAUGAUACUCAGGACGGUGCCCACAGAGGACAAGUCUUUUGCAGUUGGAGUUCAGUACAUGUUGUUCAGAGUGCUCGCGUUCAUGCCCGGCCCGGUGUUGUACGGCAGUGUCAUCGACACCACCUGCAUCCUGUGGGGCAAAAAGUGUGGCAAGCAGUCUUCCUGUCAGUACUACGACCUGGACCGCUUCAGACAGAGGUUUCUGGGCCUGCAGGUGGUCUUUGUGUGCGGGGGGCUGCUCUGCUUCCUGCUGACCGUCGUGGUCCUGCGUAGGAGGGCCGGACGCCAGGAGCCUCAGCAGGAAAGUAAACGAGGCUACGAGAUGGUGAAUGACCAGAAAACACCUGAGAACACUUCGUGUAAAGAAAAAGAACUGAUGAGCAUCAAGACCUGAUGAAACACAAGGAGAGGACGCAGGGAGAGAAAGACGCGGAGAUGCUGGACGAGGACAAAGUUUUCUAAAGUGGUCGUAAAGGAACAGGAAGCUGCUGCGCUGACAAAGCUGCGACCAGUCAGUCUGCAUAACGAGGCUGAGGCACUUUCUCAAAUUGUAUUUUUUUAGCCCAGUCACCAGAAGAAAAUGUUGGUAUUGUAUGUUUCUGCAAACCACAGAUAUAUUACAUUGGUACGUUUCAUAUGUAUCAUAUAAGCAUUUCUAAAGUGAGUUAGUGUAUGAGCUGACUUCAUCAGGGGAUGGUGGAUGGUUUAACACUUAGGAGAAGCGGCUGCUAAGCUGCAGACCACAGUGACAGACGACAACAUCCCAAACAGUGUUUUCAGUGACCCUUUGCUGUUUUUCCCGCCUCGAUAGUGCCACGAAAAGUGGUUGUUUUUUACCAAGACGUCACUGUGUUUCCAGCGGGGAUAGUGCCAAAGAAAGCAUUUCUUCUACCGUGACAUCACUGCCUUUCCAGCGAAAUGGAGGCACAAAAAUUAGUUAUUUUCUUCUGAGACAUCGCUGCAUUUCUAGCUGCGAUAGUGCCAUGAAAAGCAGUUGCUCUAAAGAGACAUCACUGCUCAAAAGGUGGUUCGUUUUUACUAAGACAUUGAUGUGUUUCCAGCAGCAUAGUGCCAUGAAAAGCUUUUCUUUUUACUGUGACAUUGCUGCAUUUCCUUCCUGGGAUAGUGCCACAAUAAUAAUUUCUUUUUCUACCAUCACAUCACUGUGUUUCCAGCGGAGCCAGAGGCUCAAAAGAUGGUUAGUUUUCACCGAGACAUUGCUGCAUUUCCUGCUGGGAUAGUGCCACAAAAAGGGGCUUUUUUCACCAUGACAUCACUGUGUUUCCAGCGGGGACAGUGCCAUGAGAAACAGUUGUUUUAACAGAAACAGGGAUGGUGACACUUAAAGUAGUUAUGUUUUCCUGAGACAUCGCUGUAUUUCCAGCAGAGAUUGAAAACUGUAUUAAUCUUUUUUCGAACCAUAACUAAGCUGUUUUAGUGCCUUAAGCUAACCACACAGUGUUGGUUAAGUUUCAGUGUGUCCACUACAUAAUAAAAAGUAACGUAUCCAUGGUUUGCAGAAACAAACAAUGGCAACAUUUCCUCUGGUGACUGGUUUGUCUUUACACUCGGCUCACACUCCAGUUGGACCACUGGUGUGUUUGUACAUAAGCUGAUUCAUAUAUUGUGACAUAUGAUCUAUACACUGUUUUUUUAUACGACGCUCAAACAAUCACCUCAACGUAUAAAAUGGGGCUGGUGUUUAAUAAGCUGCAGUUCCUCUAAUGGCCUCUAUGUGCUGCCCAGAGCAAACUGUGACUGUGUUGAAGUGAAUGGGAAAACUCAAGAGACAGCAAUGAAAUAUCUCAGCAACUGUUGGAUGGACUGUGAUGAAAGUUUUUUCACACUUUCAUGUUUCCAAGCGGAUGAAUCCUACUGACUCUGGUGACCCUUUGACUCUUUCUUUAGUGCCAUCAUCUGGCCAAAACUUAAAAUUGUCCAGUACUACCAGUACAUACUAUCCAGUAAAAUAUCUCAGCAUCUGCUCGGUGGAUUGGAGCAAUAUUUGGUAAAAACAGAAGGAUGACUCCCACUGACUUUGGUGAUCCCUUGACUUUUUCCUAGAGCCACCUGCAGGUAGAAUUUUCCGGACAGGAUGAAUUGUAUAACUUAACUGAUCCAAGCGAUGCCAGGCACGUCCAAGUGCAGCACUGUGGUUUAUGACCAUAAUACUACAGAAUUAAUGACAUUCACUUCAGCCUCAUUCUGUAUUUACUGCUAAUUAGCUAAUAUUAGCACUCUAACGCAGCGAUGGUGAACAUGGUAGUAAACACCCAAAUAUUAACCUUGACAUUGCCAGGUUAGCAUUUAGCUCAAAGCUAAUGUGGCAACCUGGUCUCACUCUGAAAAACCACCACUUGGUCAGUGACUUCUGGCGUCAGACAGGAAACACGGCUGGACAACAACGAAAAUUAAGGUGGCGGAAGUCUGAGUAGGGCGGGUGUGAGGCGUCCAGCAAUCACCGACUUUCACCCAGGAGGCCGGUGUUCACUUCCUGUGAGACUGUAAAGCCAAACCCUGUUCUUUUGUCCUAAACCCAACCA